GUCCAUUAGGUGGCGGUAAUACAUCUUUUAGUUGAAUGUUAAACGUUUAAGAUCGAAGAUGAAUAGUUCAAAAGGAUUUGAAUCUGAGCGUCAGACUAUGGACAGUGAAAUUCAGAAGUUACAACAGAAGCUGGAAGAGGCUGAAGAAGCUCUUCAGAAGGCAGCACAAUAUGGACUUCAGCUCUUAGAUGACAAAAUGGAUCUGCAAAAUAACUUGGAAGAUCAGCGAAUUGAGAUGACCGCUCUAAUUGAGGGCUUGGAGCAAGAAAAAUAUUCACUUCAGAGAGAACUGGAUCUAAAGAGCUGCAUGCUGGACAGCCUUAAUUCCGAAUUUGAUGUUGUUAAAAACCAACAGAGACAUCUGUUGGAACAGCAGCAAACAAUGUUGGAGAGGAGCCAUGCAGUGGAAUGUGGUGAAUUCAAGAUCAAGGUGGAGAAAUUAAACUGCGAUCUUGAUGAGGCUCGGCUUCUUGAGAAACAGCUGAGACAUAGGUUGGAGGUAGAGUCUCAGCUUUUAAUCAGCAAAACUGAGGAGAUUUGUAAAAUGUCAAAAUGUGCCCAUGACACGAUAUCUUCAGAGGUCUUGGAGCUAGAAAUCCAGAAGAUGGAUCUGGAAUCAUCUAUGGCUGCAUUAGAGCAGGAGCAUCAAGAAUUGAAAUACAAAGAACAGCAGCUGGAACUGGCUAAUUGUGUCCUUCAGAGGCAAGUAGAGACACUUACAAAUAUAAAGGAUGAAAGCGAGAAAGAAAUCACAUCACUCUACAGUGCUCUGGAGAAAUCCAGGAAAGCCAACCAGGACCUUCAGAUACAAUUGGACCAGGUGUUGCACCAUGCACAGGAUCCAAACAGCAAAGGCAAUUCACUUUUCUCUGAGGUAGAUGAUAAGCGUGUAGAAAUAGAGAGACAGUUGAUCAGUUUGAAAGUACAGUACCAGUCUCUUCAAAAGCAGCAUACUUUUACCAAGCAGCAGAUGCUUCGCAUGAGGGUGCAGAUAUCUAAUGUGAUGCAGCUUCAGAGGAUUAGAGCUGACCCUGCCCAGCUUGAGCGAUUACAUUUCAUGUUGUCAGAGAAGAAUAGUGAGAUAGAAACCUUGAUGAAGAAAGUGCAGCAGUUGGAGAAGGUAGGGGUGGCACUUGAAAAUCAUUCCACUUGUGUGUCUAAGGAAAUUGAGCCUGUGGAUGAGACAUACUACACAGAUCUCUUGAAAAUGCAACUCUCAAAUUCCAAGAAGGAUGCAGAUGAACUAAAGGUGGAAUUAUCCAUGGCAAGAAUGAAAACUCUUUCUGAGAGUCACAGGGUGCUUGAGUUGGAAAGGAAACUCUUUGUGGCAGAGAACGCGCUAAAGCAGGGACGCACGGACGUUAUAAAGCUCCAAGUGAAAAUUGAAGAACUCCAGAUGAAAUAUGAGCCUAAUGAGAUAAACAAGGCACAGGCUCAGAAGUGCAAGCGAGAGAAAUUUCCAAUUCACUUACCUUAUGGGUCUGACCAUAGCAGCAUGGAAACUCUAGACAUGAAGACCGUGCCAAGCAGGCAUGAGGCUAUAGAUGGAGGGGCCCUUCCUUGUGAUUCUGAAAAUGGACUCUUGACCCCAAUACAGUUAUUCCAAGCUUCAAACAGUAGCUCUGGCUUGCUUCGUGACCCCAAAAGUGUUCAAAUCUAUGAGAAUGCCCAUGUCUCUAUUCCUGAUUUUUCAAGGUCUUCAGUGAAAGAUGGCAUUAGCACAGCAGAGCAUAAAAUGAUAAAAUGGGAUGAGGAAGGAGACUGGAAAUCCGACAGGUCUAAGAAGUAUCAAGCACCUGUUCAUGUUGAUUCAGAGAACACCAUAGAAAGACAGUGUGCUCAACAGUAGAAAUUUAGUCUGGGCUGCACAUAGUUGUUAAUUUUGCUAAAAUGAUUUUUCAAACAUAUUAGACAAUAAAUGUUAACAGACAACAA